AUGGAGGCCCGCACAGAUGGCUAUCUGUACGGACCCACGGGAGGCGACGAAGAAUUCGCCAUUGUGGAAACCAAGACCCAUCAACGGAAAAAGAGCACCCAGAAAGGCCGCCAAAUAUACAUGCAAGAAUCCGCUGAGAUGGUCGCUUGGAUACUCAAGGAUGAGUGCAAAGUACCCCUUGACAACCAGCCUCCAAUCACAGAAGAGUCCCAGGCUCCCUCCGCUGGUGCAGCUUCCAAAACAAACUAUGUCACAUCUCUGGAAAAUUCCACCCAGGGGAUUGCUGGCCCUUGUGUGACACCUGCGGGCGUCGCCAUCUCGGCGACUGCCCCCCAGCAAGCAGUCCUCCCGCCCCGGGCCCCGGCCGCAUCGGAGGCAUCGCCACCAACCACGGUGGUGUACAAUGUGUACGCCGGGGUUGUCAAUAAUUCCUACUAUCUGCACCCCACUACCUCCUGGGCGGGCGCCAACCCGCCCACCAGGGCCACCACCAAGCGGCGCCGCGGUCGGGGCAAAAAGCCUAAGAAGGAUAACGACGAAAGGAACUGA